AUUCUCUCUCUCUCUCUCUCUCUCUCUCUCUCUCUCUCUCUCUCUCUCAUUGGCAAAAACAAGGAAGAGGAGAUGGGCAGCAGUUAUUUUGGGGGGACAAAUCCAGGAAAUGAAAGAUCAUCAUCAAGAAAAGGGAAGAAGAGUAAUAGUAAUGCAGAGUACAAUAAUAAGCCCAAGCAGCCACAGAGAGGACUUGGUGUUGCUCAAUUGGAGCAGAUCAGACUUCAUGCCCAAUUGGCUUCUGCUUACCCAACUCCUACUCUUACCCAGGAGGAUGAGAGAAUGCAAACAGGCUAUCCCAUGUAUACAUCAUCAUCUUCAUCUUCUUAUGGGUUUCAUGUCCCCCAAAACAUCAUGGGAGGUUUGGCUCAAUUAGAAGGAACUACUACUAGAUAUGGCGAUUCCCAGCCUAGCACCACACCAAGAUGGAAACCGACCAGCUAUGGCAUUUUAGACACCCAACAAUCUGCACAACCCAGCAUCGCAAGACAUUUUUUGAACCCACAAGCCGAGGAUUUAGUGCAAAAGAGGAGAAACAAAGGCUGGAGUGAUUCGAUUGACGCCAGCAGUCAGAAUUCCCAAACAAUUGACGAUCAAGAACUAGAUUUGGAGCUUAGACUUUAGCCUGCAAUUUUUUUUGCAACUCAAUGGAUGAAUUCUCUUUCUUUUGUUUUUUUUCUUCUUUUUAGUUCGUUAAUUAUCUUUACGUUAAAUUGAUAAAUCCAACACAAUAAAAGUUGGAUCUUGAUCAGUUGUACAAGGUGAGCCAUUUGAUGGACUCGCGUCGUCGUGCCGAAGUUUAAUUUUUGAUGGCUCCCUUGUGUAAUGAGAAUUAGAUGUAAUUCCGACGCACGAAUGAAAUUUUCCUUGCAACUCUUU